CCUCUUUCACCUUCUCCCCGCUGCAGCUCACUCUGCUACGACUGCAAAACAACUCACUUCUUUCUCGCGGCUUGUUCAGCGAUCAAUACAAUGUCUACACUCGUCAAGAAGAUCAUCAGCACCACGACGGCGGCUGCUGCUCUCGGGCCGUACAGCCAGGCAGUGGUGGUGGAUCGGACCAUGUACAUCGCAGGACAGAUCGGGAUGGAUGCUGUCAGCGGACAGCUGGUGGACGGUGGCGUUCAGGCUCAAACCAGACAGGCUCUUGUGAAUGUGGGUGAAAUCCUUAAAGCUGCUGGUUGCACCUAUGAAAAUGUUGUCAAAACCACGGUGCUCAUGGCCGACAUGAACGACUUUGCCCAAAUCAACGACGUUUACAAGCAGUUUUUCAGCACCAACUACCCAGCCAGAGCUGCCUAUCAGGUCGUCGCUCUUCCCAAAGGCGCACUGGUUGAGAUUGAAGCAGUUGCUGUUUUGGGGCCUCUGACUACCGCUUAACAAACAUGGCGGUCACACUCUUACAGUCAACGUCCUGUUUUGUUGACCGAGUUAGAACUUCAUUAACAACGUUUGUUUCACAGUUUAAGAGCCAGUUGGUGAUUCAGACUCAUUUAGACAUGUCGUACUUUCUCCUCUACGAACACAACACUUUGUUUUCAGUUCCCUCUGCUCACAAUUCCUUUACAGUAGCUGUAAAGCAGGAAUUUCCAUACUUUUUGCAUUAAUGACUGAAUAUAUAAAAAUUGGAAGAGCCACACUCUUAGAGUGAACUUUGUUUAAUUUGGUUUUGUCAUUUUUAAUCACCAUCAGUAACAUUUUUUUUAAAUCAGUCUUGUUUCAUUGAAAAAUUCUGUCUUAUUUUUUGUUUUGUUUUUUAAAUAAAUUCAUAAAUCUCAAAGUACAGUACAGUCAAGUUUCGUAUGCGGACCAGAUAUUAGAGAUCCCUGCAGGCCAAUUCAGCACAGACCACGACCCAAUGUUCACCUUGGAGCCAUAGUUUGGAAACCUCUGCCGUGCCUCUAUCAGAUGUCUUUAUGGAGGAUGAUCCAUGUAACACAGUAAUAAAUCAUCACAUAUUUUGAAAA